UCAAUUAAAUUCCCAAUCUUUGUUACUUUCAAGCCCUAAUUUGGUCGGCAGCGGCGGCGGAAGAAGAAGAAAUCAGAAAUGGGAGUGAGCAGCGAUCCGAACCAGCAAGAUGGCUCCGACGAACAGCAGAGACGCUCCGAGAUCUACACCUACGAGGCUCCAUGGCACAUAUACGCCAUGAAUUGGAGUGUUCGCAAGGAUAAGAAGUACCGUCUCGCCAUCGCUAGCUUACUUGAGCAGUACCCGAACCGAGUUGAGAUUGUGCAGCUUGAUGACUCCAAUGGUGAGAUUCGGUCCGACCCGAAACUCUCAUUUGAACACCCGUAUCCGCCUACGAAAGUUAUCUUCAUACCUGAUAAGGAGUGCCAGAAGCCGGACCUUAUCGCUACCUCUAGUGAUUAUCUCAGGAUUUGGCGGGUCGCCAGUGAUAAUAGUCGGGUUGAAAUCAAGAGUCUUCUUAAUAACAACCGGAACAGUGAGUUCUCCGGUCCGUUAACCUCAUUUGACUGGAAUGAAGCUGAGCCGAGGCGGAUUGGUACGUCGAGUAUUGAUACUACCUGUACUAUAUGGGAUAUUGAGAGGGAGACUGUCGAUACCCAGUUAAUUGCUCAUGAUAAGGAGGUUUAUGAUAUUGCUUGGGGUGGGGUUGGAGUUUUUGCUUCUGUUUCAGCUGAUGGGUCUGUUAGGGUUUUUGAUCUUCGCGAUAAGGAGCACUCUACGAUAAUCUAUGAGAGUUCUGAGCCGGAUACUCCUCUUGUACGCCUUGGAUGGAACAAGCAGGAUCCUAGGUAUAUGGCCACCAUAAUAAUGGACAGUGCAAAGGUUGUAGUUUUGGACAUUCGUUUCCCUACACUUCCUGUGGUGGAACUACAGAGGCACCAGGCUAGUGUGAAUGCAAUUGCAUGGGCUCCUCACAGCUCUUGCCACAUUUGUACUGCUGGUGAUGACUCGCAGGCGCUUAUCUGGGAUCUCUCUUCAAUGGGUCAACCAAUAGAAGGUGGAUUGGAUCCAAUUCUGGCUUAUACUGCAGGUGCAGAAAUCGAGCAGCUUCAGUGGUCCUCAUCUCAGCCUGAUUGGGUUGCCAUUGCCUUCUCCAACAAGCUUCAGAUUCUAAGGGUGUGAAUUAGCUACUCUCGUUCAAGCUUCAAGCAGCUGCCCAAGUAUCAUCUUAUUCAGUCUUCCUGCUAGCUACAUCCUUCUCCAAGUAAAGAUUUUCCUUUUUUUGGCAUUUUAUUCCCAAAACGAAAAAAGAGGCUUAUUACUGACAGUAGUUAAACCUGAAUAGCUUUUGCUAUCUCUUGCACCUAGGGCUCUAUUAUCAUAGAAGUAACUGGAAUUCACAUCGUCUGUGGGAUUCAGUUAGUCAGCAUUAUUGUGGUUGGUCUGCAACUUCUGUAGCUUGUAUUAUGUUUAUUGCAAACAGCAAUUGGACUAAUCAAAUCAUAUGUGUUUUGAUGUUCCUGAGA